AUGACACAAGGAAGAAGAAAGGGAGAUCCUGGGAUCAUUAAUGGAGACGACAUCUCCCUCCGGCGCCGCGCCCAGGGACAACGCAUCUCCCCUCCAGCGCCACGCCCAGGGACAACGCAUCUCCCCUCCGGCGCCGCGCCCAGGGACAACGCAUCUCCCCUCCGGCACCUCGCCCAGGGACAACGCAUCUCCCCUCCAGCGUCUCGCCCAGGGACAACGCAUCUCCCCUCCGGCGCCGCGCCCAGGGACAAUGCAUCUCCCCUCCGGCGCCGCGCCCAGGGACAACGCAUCUCCCCUCCGGCACCUCGCCCAGGGACAACGCAUCUCCCCUCCGGUGCCACGCCCAGGGACAACGCAUCUCCCCUCCGGUGCCGCGCCCAGGGACAACGCAUCUCCCCUCCAGCGUCUCGCCCAGGGACAACGCAUCUCCCCUCCGGCGCCUCACCCAGGGACAACGCAUCUCCCCUCCGGCACCUCACCCAGGGACAACGCAUCUCCCCUCCGGCACCUCACCCAGGGACAACGCAUCUCCCCUCCGGCACCUCGCCCAGGGACAACGCAUCUCCCCUCCAGCGUCUCGCCCAGGGACAACGCAUCUCCCCUCCGGCGCCGCGCCCAGGGACAAUGCAUCUCCCCUCCGGCGCCGCGCCCAGGGACAACGCAUCUCCCCUCCGGCACCUCGCCCAGGGACAACGCAUCUCCCCUCCGGUGCCACGCCCAGGGACAACGCAUCUCCCCUCCGGUGCCGCGCCCAGGGACAACGCAUCUCCCCUCCAGCGUCUCGCCCAGGGACAACGCAUCUCCCCUCCGGCGCCUCACCCAGGGACAACGCAUCUCCCCUCCGGCACCUCACCCAGGGACAACGCAUCUCCCCUCCGGCACCUCACCCAGGGACAACGCAUCUCCCCUCCGGCACCUCGCCCAGGGACAACGCAUCUCCCCUCCGGCACCUUGCCGAGGGACAACGCAUCUCCCCUCCGGCACCUCGCCCAGGGACAACGCAUCUCCCCUCCGGCACCUCGCCCAGGGACAACGCAUCUCCCCUCCGGUGCCACGCCCAGGGACAACGCAUCUCCCCUCCGGCGCCGCGCCCAGGGACAACGCAUCUCCCCUCCGGCACCUCGCCCAGGGACAACGCAUCUCCCCUCCGGCACCUCGCCCAGGGACAACGCAUCUCCCCUCCGGCGCCGCUCCCAGGGACAACGCAUCUCCCCUCCGGCGCCGCGCCCAGGGACAAUGCAUCUCCCCUCCGGCGCCGCGCCCAGGGACAACGCAUCUCCGCUCCGGCGCCGCGCCCAGGGACAACGCAUCUCCCCUCCGGCACCUCGCCCAGGGACAACGCAUCUCCCCUCCGGCGCCACGCCCAGGGACAACGCAUCUCCGCUCUGGCACCGCGCCCAGGGACAACGCCACACCCGCGCACAAUCUGACCUUCAUGUGGGGGGAGGAGGAGAAAUCUCGCCUUUUGCGACCUUUUAUUUCUUUGACUCCUUUAAUCUCCAGAUACAAGAAGAUUACGGAGGCUUCAGAUGUGAAGCGGAGAAUCCAUUAUUAAUGACGCCAGGAUCGGAUUCGCCUUCAGAUCCGACAGUCACAAGAAUUAAAGGAUUUUGUAUUCUGGGAGAAUUUCUGGUUCUUUGGGUAAUGAGACGAUAA